UUCCCUGCGGUGCUGCGGGAGCCCUGGUUUGCUUCCCCGCCGGGCGCACAGCUUCCGUCCCUUGGAGCUGUAAGUGGGUGACGUCGGAAUCAGCAGAUGGACGGAGGCCCCAAGAGGGAGGCCACUUACCAGAGUGCGUAGUUUCUUCAUCCAGAGGUCAAGCCUCCCGCCUCUUGGGCCCAGCGCGGCCUGGCCUUCCGGCUCCUCUUCCUCAUGCGCGUGUCCACAGCUCUGCAUUGACCAGGAGUGACUUCUCAGUUGGUCCAGCAUGAACUGGAAGGUUCUGGAACACGUGCCUCUGCUGCUGUACAUCUUGGCAGCGAAGACAUUGAUUCUCUGCCUGGCCUUUGCCGGAAUCAAGAUCUACCAAAGGAAAAGGCUGGAAGCAAAGCGGCAACAACUGGAAGCUGAAAAGAAGCAAUCAGAGAAGAAAGACCACUAGAGGGAAGCUGAAGGCCUCGCGCUGGCAGGGCGGCUCGUGGACUCCGGCCCAGGAGGAGGAGGCGGCGUUCUGGUUGCUGAGUGAUGUGUCAGAAGAUAAGCUUCUAGCUUUUAGCUUUCACGUAAAAUGAUGUGAACUGUUGCUUUUCAAAGAACCAUGUUUUCUUGAGUAAAAUAAAAUGCCUUUGUAAAAAA